AUCCGAUGUCAUGCCCUUCGUCAUCUUCAAUGUCGUUGUCAUCAGGCGAGCAGGUGAGGAAUAUCAGCAGUCAAGGCAGAACACUCUUUUCUUUAUACACGUUCUUUUUUUUUUGACAGUCAGAGCUUGUCAUCUUGGAUAUCAAGCGGGCAUUGGAAUCCUUGCACCGCAAAAGUCGGCACAUCGAGCUUUAAUCAUUUUCAUUUCACGACCCUCGAGCUUGACCUGUGGGAAACAAAAUCAAGAUGCUAUACGACGAAACAUCACUAUCCUACCGGCCAACCUACACCCGCGACCAGCUGGCCCUGUAUGUCUCCUGCAUCGCUCCCGACUCGUCAUACACUCUGGCGACUCUUGAGGCCGAGAUCAAAGCCGAUCCCCUCGCAGCCUUGUCAAGACUUCAGCUGCGGCAAAUGGCUUUCAAUCCUUGGGGAAAUGUCGCACUGCACUACUCCUGGCACCGCGCCCUCUCGCUCGACUCCGAAGCCCUGUUCCACAAGAUUGUCGAGCGCAGACUCGGCGGGUAUUGCAUGGAGAACAACGCUUUCUUUUCGACAAUUCUGCGGUCUCUGGGCUAUCAACUUUACGUGACGGGCGCCAGGAUAAGCAAUGCUCUAGAGAAAGGCGCAAACCCUCACGGUUUUGCCGGAUGGCAGCACGAAGUCAUAAUCGUCACGAUCGACGGGCAGAAGUAUCUGGCCGACGUAGGCUUCGGCUCUCAGCCGCUCAUCGACGCCAUCCCGCUCAUUCGCACCACCUCUCCUGCUCAUUCAGAAGCAAAAGUCUACCCCUCCGUCCCGGGCGCCGAAUGCAGGCUGGUCUACCGGUCCAUCGCGCCGAACACAGACCCUAGCCAGCGUCUAUGGGUGUUCGAAACGCGCAACACGUCCAAACCAGAGUGGGCUGCCGGAUACUGCUUUAGCGAGUUAGAAUGGCUGCCGGGCGACUUCGAGAUAAUCAACUACCGCACGUCCCAGGAUCCGACGAGUUGGUUUACCCAUCGGCUCGUGCUGGCGAAAAUAUUGGUCGAUGAAGAGACGAGGACACGGCCGACUGGGACGAUUGUGCUGAAUGGGGAGAAGGUCGAAAGGAGAUUGGGCGAGGAGUAUGGCGGAAAGGGCGGCAAAGAGGUUGUCGUCGAUGCGAAAAGCGAAAAGGAGCGGAUAAUGGGGUUGAGGACGUGGUUUGGUAUUGUCCUUAUGCCGGAGGAGGAGAGGGGCAUUAGGGGCAUGGCGAGUGAGAUCAGCGAGCCUUUUUCGGUGAGUGCAGGCGAUCAUUGAGACCGAAGUGAUUUUGGCCUAUGACUAUGAGUGUUUGGCCUGGAACGAAAACCGGUCUGCAACCUCGGUGGUGUCAAGAUCUAUUGGGAAGGGUGGGUGGACGGACGAUAGACGAACGAGGCAUCGUGCGUAAUGGGAAGUACCCGAAAUUGGGCAUUUUGGGAGAAGAGAUUCUUCAAAAAGCUAUGUUGGAUAUCACCCUGCUACGAGGUUUCAAUCGUGCGAGAUAAUCUGGGGCAGCAUUUCUAGGCAGCUCGUGGGCGCCCAUUUGAAUGCAGUACAGGCCACAUGUUGGGUUUUAAGAUGGAUUAGAUGGUAGACACUUGCACCGCAGGACUUCAUAGAAGGGGAAGAUUUGGAUACCCGAGAGAAGAACGCAUGUUUCAAAACGGCCACAUUAUCGGUUUUUCCAUUCCUGCCGUUUUUAUGGUACGGGACAAGAUUGGGGGGGGCAGACAAGUCAAUGUCUUCUCAGGGCCCAAGCGAAAGUGAUGCUUGUGCGUAGAAAGCGCCAGUAUCGAGGCAUUCAUCGUAAGAAAGGCUCUGACAGUGGUAGCUCC